AUGGAUAUUACUAAGAAAUGCUUUGAAGAUAUGGAUGAAAGUGUAUUGUUUACUCGACCAAAUUUAUAUUGUCAUUUUACCCAAGGAAUUGGUGAACCAAAAUAUCUACCAGUUACAAAUAUGACUGAAUUAAGCAAGUUACUUAAUGAAGCUUUAGACAAUUAUAAUGAAUUGAAUGCUGUAAUGAAUUUAGUCUUAUUUGAAGAUGCUAUUGCACAUGUACUACGUAUUAAUCGUAUCUUGGAAGCACCACGUGGUAAUGCCUUAUUGAUUGGUGUUGGUGGUUCAGGUAAACAGUCAUUGUCAAGACUAGCUGCAUUCAUUAGUUCACUGGAAGUUUUUCAGAUUACCCUACGCAAGGGUUAUGCAAUCACCGAUUUGAAGGCUGAUCUAGCUAGCCUGUAUUUGAAGGCUGGUUUAAAAAAUAAUGGAACAGUAUUCCUCCUGACUGAUAGUCAAGUUGCUGAGGAGAAAUUUUUAGUGCUUAUCAAUGACCUGCUUGCAUCCGGUGAUAUACCAGAAUUGUUACCAGACGAUGAAGUUGAAAAUGUUAUCAAUGGAAUGAGAGGUGAAGUAAAAUCUCAAGGUAUACAAGAUACACGUGAAAAUUGUUGGAGUUAUUUCAUUGACAAGGUACGUCGUCUACUUAAAGUUGUCCUCUGCUUUUCACCGGUUGGUUCAACACUACGUGUUCGAGCUAGAAAAUUUCCAGCUAUCGUCAACUGUACAUCGAUUGAUUGGUUUCUAGGCAGUAUAGAAUUAUUACCUGAAAAUAUACGACCGUCUGUUGCUGAAUUCAUGUCAUUUGCACAUCAAUCAGUCAAUGAUAUCAGUGUUACAUACCUGCAAAAUGAACGUCGUUACAACUAUACAACGCCGAAAUCAUUUCUAGAACAAAUUCAACUGUAUGAAAAUAUGCUAAAUCAAAAGUAUUCUGAUUUAAUUGGUAAAAUGACACGUUUAGAAAAUGGUCUACAAAAAUUAGAAAGUACAGCUCAACAAGUUGAUGAUUUAAAAGCCAAAUUAGCUGCACAAGAAACUGAAUUAGCACAGAAAAAUGAAGAUGCUAAUAAACUGUUAACUAUUGUCGAUGCUGAAACAGAAAAAGUUAAAGAAGAGAAAUUAUUUGCAAAUCAAGAAGAAGAGAAGGUAGCAAAAAUUAAAACUGAAGUUUCAAAAAAACAAAAGACUGUGAAAUUGAUUUAG